AUGCCGGUGCCGUUACUAUCGAUAUACUCGGCCACUAAGGCUUAUAUCGAUUCCAUCUCCAGAGCUCUUCAUGAAGAAUAUAAAGACAAAGGGAUUGUCAUUCAAAACAGUUUGUCCACAUAUUGGUUGCCUAAUAAGGAGCAGUCGGUGCGAAAUGCACUUUUGGCUAUCGGAUCACAGUCUAGAGCUUGUGAUCCAUUGGUGGUUGCGUUGAAAACUUAUUCAUCAAUGAAGAAGAAUAAUUGUUAUCUAAAGAGACAUAUACUGUAUGAGGAGUUGAGGGACAGGAUAUAUACACCCAUAAACUCAUAG